AUGGUGUCCAGCAAGCUUGUAGCUACUAUGCUUGUGAUGUACACAGCGACCAUGCUGGCUGCCCAGACAGAAGGCUUUGUCCCCAUUUUCACAUACAGUGAUGUCCAGAGAAUGCAGGAGAGGGAAAGGAAUAAAGGGCAAAAGAAAUCUCUGAGUGUGCAGCAGAGAUCAGAGGAAGAGGAUCCUAUUGCUCUCUUGGAGUUCAAUAAGGAGGAAGAGAAUGAAAUGAUCAAGCUGACUGCUCCUGUAGAAAUUGGAAUAAGGAUGAACUCCAGGCAGCUGGAAAAAUAUCGGGGCGUCCUGGAAGAGCUGCUGACUGAGGUGUUGCUGUCCACCCAGAACGGCCGCUGCAAGCAAAUGAUUGUUGCUGACGGCUGUUCAAGCAGGAUUCUCAGGCCCUUUAGCACCCGGGCCCCAGCUUCAGUGUCUCUGUCCCCAUUUUUGUGCCCUUCUUCUGCUGGGGUGGGGGAGAUGGAGACAGGCAAGGGAGUAUGA